CGCAUACAAACACAGCAGUUCGAAAUUUUCCUUGUUUUGGUUAGGUUUUCGUAAAACUGCGGGGAGUCUCGAUCCUGAAAAAAAAACAGAUCUUAUUUUACGGUCGGCAGUUCUUUUGUCGAUUAUUUGCUUGUAUCUCUUUACUAUGGAUUAUGAUGAGGAACAGCCGCCGACACCGACCACCCGUUUGGCCAACCUUGAAAACGACAUCGAAGAACUGUGCCGUUCGAUGAAAAAUGAAGAGGUUUCGGAGCAAGAACUGCAGGAUCAUUUCCUGGAUUUCUCCCCUGAGCAGUUGAAAUCGGUGGUGAAUCGCAUGAUCAAAGCUAUGAAGCUGCAAGUGAAACCCGACGGCCCUAUUAUCCGUUUGCGCGAUAACUCCAUCAUCAAACGACUGCAGGGCCUGGACGAGGACGAAAUCAAGACGUACGAGGCCAUUGAAGCCGUCGGCAAUAAGGGCAUCGCCUCGCGCUACCUCCGCAUCCGCGCCGGCAAACUGUCCACCACCCGCAUCGCCAAGAUCCUGCAGACGCUGGAGACGAAGAUGCUGAUCAAAGCGGUGAAAUUGCAGAAAAGCGCCAACCGCGCCUCCAACAGCUUGCAAAAGAUGUAUAUGUUGGCGCAUCUGCAACCGGAUGAGGCGUCGGUGGGCAAGCAGACGGUGUACGGCGUGGGGACCAUGUUCGAUGUGGCGCUGUUUGAGACGGUGUCCAAGGUGUGCGUGGUGGAGUUGAAGAAGCGGAUGAAGGAAUUUUUACAGCGCGAUGUGUCGCCGGAUGCCACAGCGGAAGAAAUCCUGGCGGCGGUGGUGGAAAGCGGAGCCGUUAAGAGUGAUUUGACGGAAGGCAGUAUUGAAGCGGCGCUCAAAAUGAUGGAGCUGAAUGGUAAAGUGGAAAGAAGAGUUUUCUUCGAAACCGAUGGUGAAGUUGUUCGUUACCGACUGCACACGAUUAAAACGGACAAGCCGGAAGCCGCCUUGCCCUGCGUUGGUUGCCCGGUCAAACAUCUCUGUUCCUUUAAUACACCGAUAAAUCCAAUUGACUGUCCGCAUUUUGAUACCUGGAUAAAGACCAGCAAUUUUUAAAUUUUAGAUACCAUUUCCGUGUUGACUUUUUUCUCGAAGAUUGUCUUUCAUGGCUUCUGUUACUUGGCAUUCGAAACAGCAUCGUUUCUGUUGCUUGUUGAUCUUCACGAAUGCGACAUUUGUACGAACACAGCGAUAUAAACCGAAGAAAACGAGUAAACGGCAAAUCCGUUUUG